GUCAGUUUGUCUCACUCGUCUGUCCUGGUCACUCAUUCAUCGUCUUCAACCACAUUCAUUUGUACAAAUGAAAGCUUUAGCAUUAUUAAUCGCCUUGAUCGGCGUUGUUGCGGCCGAAGUCUUCCUCGACGAGCGAUUCUCAGAUGGAGCUGCCUGGGAGAAAAGGUGGAUCCAGUCGACCAACAAAGGUGAAACAGCAGGCAAAUUUGUUCUCACUCACGGCAAAUUCUACGGUGAUGCUGAAAAAGAUUUGGGUAUCCAGACUUCCCAAGAUGCCAGGUUUUAUGGCCUUUCCACUAAAUUCAAGCCCUUUAGCAACAAGGAUAAGCCACUAGUCCUCCAAUUCACCGUCAAGCAUGAACAAAACAUUGACUGUGGAGGUGGCUAUGUCAAGCUGUUUGACUGCAGUUUGCAGCAAGAUGAUAUGCAUGGAGACUCUCCAUACCUUAUCAUGUUUGGCCCUGACAUUUGCGGUCCCUCCAACAAGAAAGUCCAUGUCAUCUUCAACUACAAGGGAAAGAACCAUCUCAUCAAGAAAGAGAUCAGACCCAAGGAUGAUGUUUACACUCACUUGUACACACUCAUCGUUAAGCCAGAUCAGACCUACGAAGUUUUGAUUGAUAACGAGAAAGUUGAGUCUGGUGAUUUGGAAAGUGACUGGGAUUUCCUGCCUGCCAAGACCAUCAAAGACCCCGAAGCAAAGAAACCCGAAGAUUGGGAUGACCGUGCCAAGAUCGAUGAUCCUGAAGAUGUCAAGCCCGCCGACUGGGAUGUUCCUGAACACAUUGCCGACCCCGAGGCCAAGAAGCCCGAAGAUUGGGAUGAUGAGAUGGAUGGUGAAUGGGAGCCUGCUAUGAUCGACAACCCCGCCUUCAAGGGAGAGUGGAAACCCAAGCAGAUCGACAACCCCGCUUACAAAGGUGUCUGGGUCCACCCAGAAAUCGAUAACCCCGAGUACGCCCCCGAUGCCACCAUUGGCAAAUACGACGAGUCCUGCAUUAUUGGUUUCGAUUUGUGGCAAGUAAAGGCUGGCACAAUCUUCGACAAUGUCCUCGUCACCGACGAUGUUGCGGAAGCCAAAAAGAUUGGUGAUGAGCUGUGGACUGCUACCAGCAAAGCCGAGAAGAAGAUGAAGGAAGCUCAGGAAGAGGAAGAACGGAAGAAGAUGGAAGAAGAGGCCAAGUCAAAGAAAGAAGACAACGAGGAUGAAGAUGACGAAGAUGAAGACGAUGCCGAGCCCAGCAAACCUGCUGCACCGGCUGAAGAAGCCGAAGCCGACAGCGCAGACCACGAUGAGUUGUAAAAUGCAAAAAUAACAAACACACACAAGGAAGAGCUGACAGAAAACUUAGGUUCCACCAAAAAAAAAACAAUACAACAAAAAAAUUUAUAUAAUUUAA